CUGGAAGGAACUUUUGCUGCUCGGGGACGGCGCCGGCGCUCCUCCUCGUUCGGUGCCUGGAGGGGAGUUCCCGGGAGCGGGGCCGGUUCCGAGCUCUGUCCCGCUCGAGCCCGCGUGCGAGAUGAGCGUAGCCGUGGAGGACGCCGUCUUGCCCUCCAUUUCCACCUUUGCCGGCUUAGUGCCGGUGGAAGAGAGGCAGCCCCCUCAAAUGCUCCAGAGGCUCCGAGCUCCUCACGUGGAGGCCGUCAAGAGGGAAGCCGAGGAGCUGGGCCAUUUCAUCGACCUGGACUUUAUCCUGGCUCACACCGCUAACGGGCAGCCCGGCGGGGUCGCGGCCCCCCACCCUAACUACCCCUUGCCCGACACUCCCGAGAGCUGCGGCACCACCUACGACAGCGACGGCUCCAGCUACCAGCCGCCCGGCAAGUUCGCGGCGCCCUACGCGCCCAGCCCCGGCGGCCACAGCUACAUGGCUGAGCUCUUUACGGCGGACAUACAACAGCAGCAGCAGGCGGGGCGGCCGGGCCCCUGCGACCUCCCGCCGCGCGAGUACACGGAGCUCCGCGCCCCGGGCUUGGGCCACCCGCAGGCCGCCGGCCCGUCGCGGGCCCUGCCCCUGGAGCACCUGCGCGUCAAGCAAGAGCCGGGGGACGGGCACGCCUGCAUGCUGCGUGGCCCCGCGGAGUGCCUGGACCACAAGCCCCCGCCCAUGCAGCCCAUGGGCCAGCUCCACCACCACCACCAGCAGCAGCAGCAGCAGCACCACCACCACCAGGCGGCGCCUCUGGCCCCCUUUCCCGCCGAGCUGGUGGCGCCGGGGGUGGGCGACGCCGUGCACGCGCACCUGGGGGCCCCGCCGACGUUCGCGCGGCCUCCGCCCCCCUUCCCGCCUCACUUCAACGGGCCGGUGCAGCCCCAGUUCCAUGGACACUUCAGCGUCUUCAGGGAGCCCCUGGGCGCGCACCACCACCAGGGCCUGCACGGGCUGCUCGUCACCCCGCCCAACUCGCCUGUCUUGGAUUACUUUGCCCCGGUCGCUGCCGAGGGCGGCAAGGCCAAGAGGGGGCGGCGGUCCUGGGCUCGGAAGCGCACCGCCACCCACAACUGCGAGUACCCGGGCUGCGGCAAGACCUACACCAAGAGCUCCCACCUCAAGGCGCACAUGCGGACGCACACCGGUGAGAAGCCUUAUCACUGCAACUGGGAAGGCUGUGGUUGGAAAUUUGCAAGAUCUGAUGAACUCACCCGCCAUUAUCGGAAACAUACUGGCCACCGGCCCUUCCAGUGUCAUCUCUGUGACCGUGCCUUUUCCCGAUCGGAUCAUCUGGCUCUGCACAUGAAGAGGCAUAUGUGAAACUUGCUCGUUUCCAAGGUCACAGGGGAGGGAUGCUCUUGGGUUGGAGAAGAGAGGGAUGGGAGGGAAUGCAAAGAGACUGAGAACUCUAUAUUUAUGAAGGCAUGGAAUAUUUUCUUAUUGGAGUAGCUGAUUUAUGUAUAUAUUAGUGAAACAUUUAAUAUUUAAAGAAGAAACCCACAUAGCUCUUCCAUAGCAAUAUGGGAAAGUUUACAUAUUUAAGAGUAAAUAGUUACACAAAUCUGGCUGUAUCAAGGCCCAAGGGUAUAUGGAAAACAGCACUGAAGACUUUGUGUGAGUAAGUAUGAGGGUGGUAGUAUGUCUCUACUGCCCCCUUCCAAAGCUUCAGUCUGCAUACAGCCAUAGUGUACACAUGAUGUUGACUGUCUUGAGCUGUUUGUAAGAUUUUAACUUUUGUAUUUUUUACCCUAUAUCGAUCUUCUCUUGUAAUGUACAAAGGCUGCAACUUCAAUUAUCUUUGAAUUUGAUAUCCUUGAUGGAAAUGUACCACAGACCAAGUAGGCUUUGUCCUACAAAGGCUCAGGCCCCAAUACAUUGGUUUAUCUUAUGUUGCAACACUUUUGGUUGCAGCGAAACUAAACACUUAUUUGGCCUUCAAAGAUAAAGGGCCCAACACGAAAGAGUCAGUGACUUGUACUUAGUGUUGGACCUGAAGUGGAUUGUGUGCAUUAAACUCUGGUUUCUGCAUCCCAAUUAACGCACUGUGGGAAUGGAGAUUCAAAGAAAAAUAUUUGAGGUUACUUAACAUUUUAAUUAUGACAUGAUAUUUGAUAUGUUUUAUUGAACUGUUGAUUGAUAGUAUUCUGUUCCCAUUUGCCAAAAUUUUGCUAACGACCUGUAGGUUGAAUUUGGAAUGAUACCACAGACUGUCUUAUUUGUGAGAGAGGCUGUAUGACCAAAACAUGAACAAAGAUCAACUUCUGUUGAUGGGAUGUAGGAGUCAAAGGAUCCAAUGACCAAUAUCCUACAGCUCAGUCCUAAGCAUAUUUACUCAGGCACAACACAACUCUGGAGUUUUUUUCCUAUUUAGAGAUGGUGCAAAACCAGGAUUAAAGAAUUCCUUCGUACCCUGUGAUUAAUUUGGGAAGUAACAAAGAGUUCUGUGCUGUCAUGUUUGCAGCAAAAGCCUUGCAAAUUUGCCUUAUAGAAGUAAAAUAGAAUCCAGUUGCUGGGGUGCCAGCCACUUGGGAUUCUUAUGCAGUGUACACCUAUGUGCAAUUAUUCAUAAGGAAGCCACUGGCACUGAAUUCUGAGGGUAAAAAAGGUAAAGUUUCCCCUUCAGUCGUGUUCAACCCUGGGGUACCACUGCGAGCAGUGAUUUUAUAGGCAAGCCAAAUGGAUGGAUGGCUGAGUUGACCAUGAGCCAGCUGCCAGGAUAUCUGACCCACAGGGGGCUCAAACUCCUGACUGUGUGAGUGGCAGUGCAAGCACUUAACCACUACGCCACAUGGCUCCUAAUUCUGAGGGACCUACCCCAAAUAAGUGUGUCAAGGAUGGCAGUUGUAGCUGAUUAACUGUUUUUAUUUUUUAAUCAGUUGACUGCAUUUGUUUAAUUGCAAUACCUCAAGGUGCUACUUAAUAUACAUGUAAUUUUUAAAAACCCUGUUGUCUCUGUUUAGGGGAAAGAUCCAUCCUAUCAGAUCUGAAGAACAGGGAAUCUCCAGGACCUUCCAAAGUUUCAGGAAUCUUUAAGUGGUGAUUUUUUUUUGAGAGAGAGAGAACUGUGCCUGGCUCUGUUCUUUCAGUCAGUUGGUGUUAUAUGAACUCUUGCUUUUAUGCUCCAGAAGACUCCAGAUAUAGUCUUCCACAGAUAGUGAGUUGUCUGAACUGCAAUUUUUUUAAUCUGAUGAAAAGUGUAAAUGAUCAGUAACAUUGAAUAAAGCUGUAUGUUAGGACCUGACAAUUGAAUGGGUUGGGGGAGGGAUGGGGCUAGGCAUCCAUUCCAGCCUCCCAAGGCAAUGAGUUAUGUGAAAUAAUUUGAGUCUCCGUAUGUGAGUCUUUCUGUGGUUGUUGUGUCUUCUCCAAAGACAAUCACUAAGCCAGGUACUGCUGCAGCUGCAAUUUCUCCUAGGCAGCUUUUGAGUUAUUUUUUUAUAAAGGGCAUUUUCGUCCGUUUCUUCUAUACUUGAAAACUUUCUUCCUGAAGAGAAAAGGACCCUCUCGAUAUGUAGCUUAUGCAAAGCAAGUUGUAAUUCUUUUAAAAAUAAAUUCUGUAAUGUUUUUAAAAUUCUCUUUUACAGCUUGGGUCUGUCAGUGAAUGGCCUCAGCUUUGGUAUGUGCACUGCACCAGUCUUGUAUAUAUUGUUAAUUAACAUUUCUUUGCUUGGGCCACCCGGAUAUCUCCCAUGAGAAAUGUUAGUUCUCUAUAUGCAUACCUUUUGAGAUGUUGUUGAUCCAAUUUAAAACAAAUAAAUGAAAUUUUAAAAGUU